GGAGAAUAUAAAAGCGGCAGAGAGGUUCGUGGACGAGCGGUGGGAAAGGGCAGUCACCUUAGCCGACGACCUGGAGAUCCCACCUCCAUCUGCUGAAUUGCUUCCGCACCACUUUAAGCCUUUCGGGAGCGCCAUAAAGAUCAGCGAGUAUCUUGGGCAUGGCCAUGACGGUAACCCGGCCUCGCAGGGGCUGGGAAUGUUGCUGCGGUCGGAAGCAGACAAAAAAAACCAGCAGGCCUGGCUGGUCUUCUUCAUCAAGCCGGGCAAUGCAUUGAUCAACCGCUGCACCCGCAUGCCCGCAUCGGCUUAUUCUUCGAACAACAGCUCCUCCGCGCGGAACGGCCCCUCCGGUGAUAGUCACGGCGGGUCUUCAUCAUCAUCCUCAUCAUCGUCUUCUGCUCCCGCUCGCGCGGACCUGCUGCAACCAGACCAAGGAGUCAAGGCAGCAUCAGACGAAUGUUACAAACUGGUGCCGGGGGAGUGGAAAAGUCUGGGGAGGUGGGCGGAG